AUGCCUGUGCCUAAUUAUCAAUUUGUCACCUCAACCGAAUGCACGCUCUUCUCCUCACAAUCCAGUGCUGCUUUGCACGACACUUCGUUGAGUGCCCCCGCGAAUAAUGCCACCAUCACCACCAUCAUGCCAGCAAGCAGUGUUGCAGCGCAAUAUAUCGAAAACAUCCCGACGGUGAAGCAGGUGGCGGUGGCGGGCAGAAACGUUACCCUUGCCUGUCCGGGGGUCAGCGAACACUCGCUGGUUGACAGGUUGGUCUGGCGGACGACCCGGAUCAUCGCCGAGUACGUGAGCGGGCGGCCACUGGUCGACAAUCAGAGAAUUACACUGUUACCUGAUAAUUUUAGUCUCCACUUUAGUCCUGCCUUUGCGUCCGAUACCGCCGAGUACAGCUGCCUUGUGAACGACCGGCACAGCCCGGAAGCGCUGGUGGAUCUGCUGGUGCAAGAUGUUCCAGAUCCACCCGGUCGUCCGAUGGUCAUCAGUUUCACCUCCCGGUCGGUGGAUCUGUCGUGGGCCAACUCGCAGGAUGCACGCAGUACGCCGAUCACUAAUUUUAUUAUCGAAACGAGAAUCGGCGAAAACGGUGCCUGGGAUCAGGUGGAACCAAUCUUCACCCAGAGUGGCAAGGGCUCGUAUCAAAUUACCGAGCUCGAACCGUUCACCGUGUACAGCUUUCGGGUGAUUGCCGUCAACGAGCUCGGCCGCAGUCCUCCGUCCAAGGAAUCGUACUACUUUGUAACGCUGCGAGAAGGAUUCGGCUCGUUUGAUGUUGCUGCCAGGCUUGUGGAAUAUCAAUAA